UGGCGUCGAAUGAAACUACGAUGUAAAAGCAUUAGCAAAAUCUACGAUUUUUUCUAUGCUCUACUUACAUUUCUGGCGUUAAUGCUUAUGCUUUUCAUACAAGUAUGCUUGAUCUUGAGGUCGUACCUGAAAGAUCCCUUGGAAAUGAGCAAUGGGAGUUUAUUUUGGGUAUGCCAUUUUAUCAAGCUGUGAACAUUCUAAAGAGGCAGGACAGGGUUAUAAAAGGCGUUCAAGUAUGGUACAGCAAUCAGGGACCACUAAAUAUGGACUUGGUGGUCUUCUUGUCUCAGGAUGGAAUCCGGCUCAUAUUUGACCCCGUCUCACAGAGACUGAAGGUCAUUGAAGUGUGUAACAUGAGCCGAGUGAAGUUAAAAUACUGUGGUGUUCACUUCAACACGAGCCAGAUCCACCCCACUAUAGAACAGAUUGACCAGUCUUUUGGUGCCACUCAUCCCGGAGUUUACAACUCGGAGAAGCAGUUGUUUGUACUGAAUUUCCGGGGUUUAUCAUUUGACUUUCCCAUAGAGUCCAAAUUUGAGCCUCGGUAUGCUCACGGCCUGGGCUCGCUACAAUUUCCGAAUGGUGCAUCUCCCGUUGUGUCACGAAUGUGUAUAUACUCAGGCAACAGCCUUCUGGAAACAAGGGCCCCGCCACUGCCAAUAACCUGUUACCAUGGCAACUGUUACGUGGAUUGUCUGGAAGUGAUACGAGAAAAUAAGUCUACAAAGGCAUUAAAGUUUAUUCUGUUUACAGAAGGGAAUGAACCGGGAAAGCUGCUGGAUCCAAGGAAAAAGAUUGUGGAAAGAUUGGUUCACUUCGGGGAUACACCAAAUGAUGUGAUAAGUGCCUUAGGGUGCCCGGAGAAGGUUUAUUACAAAUCAGACGACAAAAUGAAGAUUCAUACACCAGACGCCCACAGACGAGUGCGCGCUAAGUCCUCUGACUACUUCUACAACUAUUUUACUAUGGGAGUGGAUGUGUUAUUUGAUGCAAAUACCCAUAUGGUGAAGAAGUUCAUUCUCCAUACAAACUACCCAGGGCAUUACAACUUCAGCAUGUACUGUCGAUGUGAGUUCAAAAUUCCUUUGAUUAUUGAGAGAGAAAGGCCCCAGCCACUUGCUCAGACGGGAGAAAUUGAUGAAGAAGAAGUUGUCAUCACAGCUUACUCUAAGUGGGACUCUGUGGCCAAGUCUCUUGUGAAGCCAGACAAUCGGCCCGUGAUCCUGAAUAGAGCCUCCUCAACUAACACGAGCAACCCGUUCGGUCUCACGUUCUGCUACGGCGUACAGGAUAUGGUAUUUGAGGUUAUGCAGAACCAACAUAUAGCAUCGGUGGCUAUUUACCAGCACAAAACUACAGUACCGGUGGCCGUGUCCUGACAAAGGUCAUCACCUAGGUAACCACUGCCAUCAUCCAAUCAGAUUGCAGUCUGCUAGUCAUGUGAUAUUUCCCCAACAGUCUCUGCUUGGAUUCAGCACAGUUCUUUUGUGGAAAAAAUAUUCAUCGACAAAUCGCUUUUUGAGUGCUUUUUAUUAUGCCAUCUAUAAAUUAUUUCAAGAAACAGUGAUAAUAAUUAAAUGAUCCGUAUCAAAGUGUUUCAGGUUUGUUCAAGAUAGUUGUAAUGUGUUUUCUGACAAAGAGAGCAAAAGUCAAGACAAACAGUGUACAUGUGGUCUGUGUGUUUUUAAAUAAUAGCAUUUUUUUGGCAAGUUAUUGUGCAAAGUUGUUUUAUUUGAAGUUAAACUUUUGCAGUAUUGGCCUUAAUACAUUUUUUUUUUAUUCUAAAGCUGCACUCCCAGAGAUUGACAGUUUUGACAUUUCUUUUUACAUUUUUGUCUCAGAAUCAGUGUUUUUUGCAUAAAUACCUUCAAUUCAGUAAUAUAAGAUAAUUUGCAAUUGAAUAAAAUUCAAAAGUUCGAAAAACGGCCAAAACAAUAAAUUUCCUUAAAGCUUUAGUAAUGCUUUUAGCCAUAAAACAUCAAUAUUCGACCAUAAAAAUAUAAAAAAAAAAAUUAGUCAGCCUUAUUAAUUCACUGGUUUCCAGACAUUUACACAAAAAAUGGCUCAUUCCAAGAAAAAAAUAAUGAGAAAAAAAAUAGUCAAAACGGUAAAUCUGUGAGAGUGCAGCUUUGAUCCAGCACUACUCAAAUACAGAUCUCAGUAAAUGUGACAGGACACUGUAGUAUUUGUAAAACUUUGCUUUGGUUUAAAUUUUUCUAUUUUGUCUAUGACUGGCAUUGUGAGUAUGGUGAAUUCUUUGUGUUGUAUAAAGAAUCUGUUGUACACAAAUAUGUGGGCUAUAACACUACCUUAAUUUCAUGCUCAUGCAUUUCGUUGUUUUUAAUUUCAACUUAAAUGUGACAUAAUAUGUGUAUAGAUUGCCAUGCAUUUUAUAUUGUUGUUUUACGUAUAAUAAGAUAUUGUUGUUUCAAUUAAUAUAUCCAUUCCAUUACUAGAUAAGAGAUAAAAAAAAAGAUAACGCAUGUUUUUCAGCCAUUCUGUAGCUAUUUGUGUAUGACAUCUUGUAAAUAUACUUGUAUCGUAUUUAGAUUAUUAUUCGCCCAUGUUAUGUUUACCUCGUUAAUAUUUUCUUUGCUCGAUUUAUGUGUGCGUGUGUGGGCGCUUCUAUAGGAGAAAUAUGUCUGUUAUAGUGUGACUUUGAAUGGAAAGAAAAUAUUUUGUUAUAUCUUAACAUUUUUCUUUUACCUUAUAACUGUGAACCCUGUCACUAUACUCAAUCAUACAUGAUGAUAUAUACUACAAGGCCCUUGUUCAAUAAAGAUAGUAUGACUUAGAAUUGUAAAUUUCCUGGUCCCAAUUUCUCGAAACUUCUUAAGUCUCUUAUAACAGGAUUAAGCUAAACUCACUAUUUUUGUUGUACUAUAAUAUGCUUUAUAUUUACUUCUUUGAGAGUUUUUAUAAAUUAUAUAAGAAAAAUCUGUAUGCUAAUUAGAGGAAACCAUUUUUCAUUUAUCAAAAUCCAUUAUUAGUAUGUAUUUUGGCUAAUUGAAAUAAGCGAAUUAAGCCUGUUAAGCUUAAGAAGUUUUGAAAAAUUGUGGCCUGGUGUUACCUUGUUUUUGGUGUAAACUUCAUUUCCAUAAAAAUAUUGUUACAACAUAGAUCGCAUAGAUUUUGUAUGUAACUAAACAGGUGUCCCUGAUCACUCUUAAGCAUCGUAAGGCUUAUAUCUAAGAUAUCUUAAUUGAAACGAGGGCACUUCUUUUUUAUUUUCAUAGAUGGAGUGUAGUGACAGCUUUUCAUGUAACAGCUGAUUAAGCAAUAUGCAACAAACUUAAUAAACUUGAAUAUAGAGAACUUUCCGCCUCGUUCAUUUAAGCAUACAUCUGCAUCUAAUAAAAUUUGCUCAGAAUAUUGGUAAACAAAACCGGUUGAUCUCACAGUCUCCUGAACUGGUGCAAUCAUAAACAGAUGAAAUCCUGGGUCUCUUUCAAUAAGGCAUUUUAGUCGUAACUUCAAUAACUCUAAUUCUGAAAAAAGUACUGUUGGCUUUUUAAAAUAAAUGUUUUCAGAAUUGAAAACAAACAUUGUUCUUAUUAUAUCUGAUUUCCUCAAAUGUAUUUCAAGCUAGUGGAAAAUGGAUGUUAUAACUUAUUAGUGGUAUUUUAUGGCCAAAUUAUUGUUGAUUUAUCAAAUAUUUGAUACUUUAAAUAUCAUAAUUUCUCCACGUUAUUUUAAUAGUAUUUUAUGUUGACUAUAUGGACAAUAUUGUAGAUUUUAACUCGAUCAUAUUUAUUAUGAAGAUGUAGCAAUGUAGUUCUGGGUCAAUGAAUGUAUGAACUAUAUAAUUUCAAAGUCUUUCAUAUGGUUUAAUUGAUUCUAACAAUAGACAUUUUACACCUUAUUCAUGUGUUGCAUUGUGGUAAUGCAUUGAUUUUAAACUUGCCAUUUUACUUAUGUCGUUAUUAUUCUAUAAUAUCAUUUUAUUAUUUAUACUUUAACUGUAAUAUGCUUGUGAACACCAUUUUGUUUUAGACAGUGAAACUGAGACAAAAUUUGAACCACUUGAUAUUAUGUAAUGGUUAAAGGUUUUUAGUUCGUAUUUACCAAAAUAAAUGGUUUGAUGUGACACAUUUGGAAUAACCAUUUAUAUCUGUAAAUGCAUACUAAUAAUCCUUUAACCAGCUUAGUGGUCGACAUUAUAUUUUGUCAAAUGGCACAGCCUCUUUUAAAAUCUGCUAUUCACCUGAUUUAAAUGAAUAACAGCUAAUUACUGAUUUUAUUAAAAAAAUGUAUGGCAGAUUUGAAAAAUGCUGUUUAUCUGAUAGGACAAUAUAUAAUAAUGACCACUAAGUUUGCUUUGGUAAGAGACAGGGAAUGUUUUACUGCAUUUAACUUGAAGGGCAGUUUGCUCAAAAUGCCCUCAUCGAGUAUUUGUCCCCAAUUUUUAUCCCACAUUAAUAUAUCGAUAAUUAUUAACAGUUGAUUUAUUAUAAAAAUAUGUAAAUGGAUUGGUCAAAUAUUGAUAUGCCAGGCCAAAUAAUAAUAAUCCAUAUCUUUUUAGAUCAUCAUUAUGACUAUAAAAGUAAGUUAGUGUUCAAAAUGAUAUCUUGUCAAGUCUGACGUACAUUUAUUGUAGUCAACCAGCAGUUAGACGUUACUGAUUUUAAUGAGGUGAAUUGGUAGAUUUUAACAGGGGCUUGGAUAGUAGACAAAACAUAAUUAUGAACACUAAGCAUGUUAAUUUUUGUUAAUAUACAUUUAUCAAAUAAAAGUUGUUGCUGUACAUGCCUCUGGCCUGACCUCAUUAAGUUUGAUAAAUGCAUACUAACAAAAACUAACCUAUAAUUUUAAAUGUAUAAUCCUCUUGUGCAUCAAAAUUCAUUCAUUGUACAACCUCAAGUGCAUUUUUAUAGUAACUCCUCCCUUCAUUUAGUAAAUUAGUAUAAAUAAGAAAUUGUCAAAUCGUUUUUCACAUACCGGGUAGAUUAAACUUUUUGACAAUAUUGUUAAACCCAACAAGUUGUGACCAUAGUUUUAGCGGUGUAUUUUUACAAUUUACCCACAAUUCAACUCAUUUCCAUCUCUCAUUGAUACAGCAGUUGUAUAUUUUGUAACAAAAUGGGCUGUAUUUUCAUCUCAACAGGGUUGGGGGGUUUAGUCGAAUAUUAGGUGUCCACCUCUCAUUGAAGAGGUAGUGGAUUGGAUCCCACCUCAUGGCCUUCAGUACUGGUUUCACCCGAGGAAACUGGACUCCAGAGGAAUUCUAAAAGCAGUAAUCUUUCAGUGCAAUCAAUAUAAAAGAAAGUUGUAUAAAAGUAGAAUGGAUUUUCAGAGUUUUUCACAACCACACCCAGCGGUCAUGCUCAUUUUUUCAUCCCUUCUGAUUAAAUUAGCCUGUUAGUGUUCUCAAGCAAUAUGCCUAAAUGCACUGACACUAUUAUAGCCUGCAAUCAAUCUAUGAUCAUCUGUACUUAGAAAGGUCUAUAUUUUCAUAUGACAAUUCACAUCUUUCAUUCUUCAAAGCCAUUAACUUCCAGUACAACAUGACAUCUUAGAUAUGAUGUUUUAUAAGUAUGAUGUUAUGUCGUGUGUGGUAUGUAAUAUUUUGUAUGGUAUGUCAUGUAUGGUAUGUCAUGUAUGGUAUGUCAUGUGUUGUAUAUGGUAUGUCAUGAAUGGUGUGGUAUUUUUGUAUGCUAUGUCAUGUAUGCUAUGUCAUAUAUGGUUAAUAGUAUGUCAUGUAUGGUAAAUAGUAUGUCAUGUAUGGUAAAUAGUAUGUUAUGUAUGCUAUAUAGUAUGUCAUGUAUGCUAUAUAGUAUGUCAUGUAUGCUAUAUAGUAUGUCAUGCAUGCUAUAUAGUAUGUCAUGUAUGCUAUAUAGUAUGUCAUGUAUGCUUUAUAGUAUGUCAUGUAUGCUAUGUCAUAUAUGGUAAAUAGUAUGUCAUGUAUGGUAAAUAGUAUGUCAUGUAUGCUAUAUAGUAUGUCAUGUAUGCUAUAUAGUAUGUAAUGUAUGCUUUAUAGUAUGUCAUGUAUGCUAUGUCAUAUAUGGUAAAUAGUAUGUCAUGUAUGGUAAAUAGUAUGCCAUGUAUGGUAAAUAGUAUGUCAUGUAUGCUAUAUAGUAUGUCAUGUAUGGUAUGUCUUGUUUGGUAGAUCCUGUAUAGUAUGUCAUGUGUGGUAUGGCAUGUCAUGAAUGGUAUAUUGUAUGUUAUGUAUUGUAUAUGGUAUGUCAUGUAUAGUUUAUGAUGUAGUGUAUAUGGUAUGUCAUGUAUGGUAUGUCAUGUAUUGUAUAUGAUAUGUCUUGUAUGGUAUGUCAUGUAUUGUAUAUGGUAUGUCAUAUAUGGUAUGUCAUGUAUUGUAUAUGGUAUGUCGUGUAUGGUAUGUCAUUUAUUGGAUAUGGAAUGUCGUGUAUGGUAUGUCAUGUAUUGUAUAUGGUAUGUCAUAUAUGGUAUGUCAUUUAUUGUAUAUGGUAUGUCGUGUAUGGUAUGUCAUGUAUUGUAUAUGGUAUGUCGUGUAUUGUAUGUCAUAUACUGUAUAUGGUAUGUCAUGUAUUGUAUAUGGUAUGUCGUGUAUGGUAUGUCAUGUAUUGUAUAUGGUAUGUCGUGUAUGGUAUGUCAUGUUUUGUCUAUGGUAUGUUUUGUAAUGUUUGUGAUGUAUGACUGAACUGUACAAAUAAUUGUGUUUUACUUUAUGAUAUUAUAUGCGUAUGAAAAAAUAUUAUGAUAAUUAUACUGUGAAUAUAUAAUAUGCAGACAUUUGAAAUAAUUUGUUUUUCUUGUAAGAUGUCUUAAAAAAUGCAUUAAAAUAUGGUCGGGUAGAAAAGGUAAGGCAUUUACAUGGUAUUAACAUGAUCUUUGUAAAAUCGGUGUACAAGUAUUUAGAAUGACAGUUUCAAUACUUUCAAAAUGUUUGAAAUAAGUGUUUAAAGUAAAGGUUACCAUACCUUCUGAAUGUAUGAAAUAAGAGUUUAUAAUGACAGUUACCAUACAUUAAGCUUGUUCAAAAUGGUAUGGUAUUUUAGUAACGAUUUUAUGACUGUGUUGAUUUUUUGCUUUAAAGCUAUAUUUUAAUUUGUUGAGCUUUUAAUUUCCUGCAAGGGAUUAUAUGUUAUCUUGCAAACUUAAGAUUAUUUGUGAAUUAUUCUUGACUUGUUUCAGAUUUACAUUGAAUUAAAAAUGAAAUAAAAACUUUACAAAUCCAGU